AUGCAAUUGCUUCAACUGUAUCACCGCCAUCCCCAUCAAAAUCGAAAGGCUCCUAAAUACAAUUUAAAGAAUCACACUGAUAAUUUUCAAGCUAAUCGAGUUGAAAGAAAUAUAAGUACAUCUAUUCUACCAACAAAACUCCGUUCAGUGUUCAGUUUUCAAAACUUUAAUAGAAUGCAAAGCGAAUCAUUUAAUCAUGUCUAUAAAUCUGAUAAUAAUUGUGUGGUGAGUGCCCCUACGGGAUCAGGAAAGACUGUUUUGUUUGAGUUGGCUAUUCUAAGGUUGUUUGGUAUGGAUAACAACUGUGCAGAGAUGAACACUUGGAAAGUUCUUUAUUUGGCUCCUACUAAAGCAUUAUGCAGUGAGAAAUAUGAAAGUUGGAAGCAGAUUUUUGAUGGUCUCGAUAUCUCAGUAGUGGUUUUGACAGGUGAUACAACAUUCUUAGAAGCGGAUAAUGUCAAAAAGUCUAACAUAAUCGUAUCAACUCCUGAAAAGUGGGAUCUUCUUACUAGAAGAUGGGCCGAUUACGAGAAAUUGUUUAGUUUGGUUCGUCUUCUAUUGGUUGAUGAGAUACAUAUACUAAUUGAUGAGAUACAUAUACUAAAGGAUGCUAGAGGUUCUACCUUGGAAGUUCUCAUUACAAGGAUGAAGAAAUUUUGUCCUAACGUUAGAAUUUUAGCUUUAUCAGCUACAGUACCAAAUGUGACUGAUAUUUCACAGUGGUUAAAGUUGAAGAACAAUUCUACUCACCCUUCUAUUGCAUUGUCUUUUAAUGAUGGAUACAGAGCAGUUGAAUUGGAAAGAAUAGUCUAUGGAUUUAAACCACAAACUGAGAAUGAUUUUCAAUUUGACUAUCUAUUGAAUUCCAAGCUAAUUGAAAUUAUAAGAGAUAGCAGUUUAGGCAAAUCGGUGCUUAUAUUUUGCCCUACUAGAAGUAGUGCUACCAACACUGCUAAAUAUCUUUAUACUAAUUACGAAGGUGUUUUCGGAAGGGUCUCAAAAUCUUUUGAUAAAUACAAAAAUAAAGACUUAGGAAAAUAUGCAACCAAAGGCAUUUGCUUUCAUCAUGCUGGUAUAUCAUAUGAUGAUAGGAGAGUAGUUGAAAAAGAAUUUCUUGAUGGUCACAUCGGUGUCUUGUGUUCAACUACGACAUUAGCAAUAGGAAUUAAUUUGCCGGCAUAUCUAGUUAUAAUCAAAGGAACUAAAUGUUGGUUAAAUGGCGGUUUCACAGAAUAUGCAGAGACUGAUAUAUUGCAGAUGGUUGGAAGAGCAGGCAGGCCCCAGUUUGAAACUAAAGGUGUUGCUGUGAUUUUAACUACUUUAAAAGAGAAACAAAAGUAUGAAAGGUUGGUUAAUGGUAAUGAAAAGAUUGAAAGCAGCUUACAUUUGAACUUUGAAGAAAACUUGGUGGCAGAGAUCAGCUUGGGUACAAUAAAAAGCAUUGAUGAUGCUUUGACCUGGAUUCGAUCAACCUUUUUCUACGUGAGAUUUAUUGCCAAUCCAGCUUAUUACUUGACGGUUCCAGUUGUUUCGAAUUCUGAUAAUCUUUCUCAACGUCUUGAAAACUUUUGCAAAGAUAAAUUGAACCUUUUACUUCAAGAACAGAUGAUUUUGUCUUCGGUAGAAACCUAUAAAUGUACUCCGUAUGGCACUGCGAUGUCAAAGCAUUAUAUUUUGUUUAAUAGCAUGUGCUCCAUCAUACGUACAACUAAAUUUCAAACUGUUAGGGAAUUGUUACUUUUGAUAUCGCAUUGUGACGAAUUCAAGGACCUGAAACUAAGAGCUCUGGAGAAGAAGCUAUUUCGUGAGAUAAAUCUGUCGCCAUUCAUUAGAUUCCCGAUUGAAAAGGAUGACUUCAAAAAUGAGGCAAAGAUAAUGUUAUUGAUUCAGUACGAACUUGGUAGUGUAGAGUACCCCACAUAUAAUGGGGCUCUUAAACAUCAUCCAACAUUCUUAAGUGAUAAAAUGUAUGUUUUCAAGCAAGUUCCUAGAAUUUUAAGAGCAAUGAUUGAUGUGUUUAUCGCCAGGAAAGAUUAUAUAUCUCUUGUCGGCUGUAUGAAUCUUUCUAGAUGUAUACAAGGGAAAUGUUGGGAAGGAAGUACUUCAGAAUUGAAGCAAAUUUCAGGUGUUGGUUCAGCAUAUAUCAAGAAAUUUGAAAAACACAACGUAAAUAGUCUAGAGAAGGCCAGAAAAUUAACUUCAAGCCAAAUUGAAUAUUACUUGGGUUUAAAGAUAGGUGGAAGCUCAAAGAUUUGUGCAAGCUUGAAGUCCCUUCCUGAGUUAAGGUUAGAAGGUAAUUCAGCGGUAGUUAAUCUAUCUAUAUCAAUUUCAGUUGAGAAUGCAAAACAGUCUUCAACCUUGAAAGGCAAGUACCAAAUUUUGAAUGUGGUUUCUGGGAUUUCUACCGGCCAAUUGGUAGACUUCAGGCGAAUUGCUAUUUCAAAACUUCAAGAUGGGGAGCUGAAGUCUUUCACUCUCUCUAUUUCUGUCAAUAAUCAUAACUCUCUGAUAGUUACCUCUAUAUCUUCAGAAAAUAUUGCUGGAAUAAUUGCCAAUUCUAGCAUACUGUUAAGGACUCUUUUUGCCAAUAAUGAAUUGCUAAGCCAAGAGUUCGAAGAUAAUGACGAAGUAGGUCAAAGUGAAAGUUGGAAUACGGAACGGGAUUUAGUUAUAACCUCAUAUACUGCGUCGGAUAAUAAAUCUUCAAUCACAAAGAUAAAGGAGGAGUCUGUUGUUACUGAAGAAGUUGAUAUAGUACAACAAGAUAAGAGGCGGUAUUUACCAAAUGGCAAUUAUGAAUGUAACCAUGCCUGUAAAGAUAAAGGAUCUUGUAGGCAUUAUUGCUGCAAGCAGGGAAUUCCUGUUCAAGUCCCUAAACUUAAAAGGCAGCGUGCAAACUCUGAUAUCAAGCCUAAAGAUUUGAAUAUAGUGAAAGAAGCAAAUAUCGCUAUUAAAUCAUCUAUGUCAUCUUCUGAGAAUAAUGAUAAAGGAAAUACCGUUCUAGAAGAUGUCAGUCUCAAGAAAAGCUCUGAAAUACAUUUGGUCAGAAGACCACCAAAGAUGAUUAAGUUAUCUGCUGUACGACUGAAGAGUAUUUUUGAGGACUAUGAUAGUGAUCCAUUUGCUGACAAUCAUGAUUUGUUCCAGAGUGCAAAUUCUGUACCUAUAAAACGAGUUCCAGCCAAGGUAUUUACUAUUCAGAAUCGAACCUUAGAUUCAGUAAUACAAAAAUCAUCGAAACUUGAACCUGAAGUAAGCUGCUCCGCUAUAAAUAAGUUAACGUUACCGGAAAUACAAAUAUCAUACCACACUUGUUUCUUAAGUAAAGCGUUUCUUGACUUACAUACCCAAUCUGAAGGAUUCUCACAUAAAGGAAGCUCCAGGACACCAUUAUGA